AUGUUUUAUGAACGUGAAAAAGAGCUGGUCACAAAUAAUACUUUGCGAGCCGAGCGGUAUCGGGCCAGUGGCUUUCAGAGUACACCAACACUGUUCAGUGUGUCGUAUUGUGUGAGCAGUGCGUCGCGCGUGUUGCGUGAGUGGUGCGUGCCUGCUGCGUUAUGGCGUUCCAGUGCAGAGCCGCGGACCGCCCCCACAGGGGGAGCACCUCAUUUGGCAGCUCCAGCGUCAGCGUCAGCACCACGGGCAGCGGUGAUGCAGAGGGGGAAGCGGAGGCAGAGGCGGAGGUGGACGCAGAGGCAGGAGCGGCUGACGUCACUGGCCCCGACCAGGUCAUCGCGGGGGCGCAGCAGGCGGCCGCAUCACAGGACGCCGACAGCGCAGGUGAGCCAGCCAAUUCCAGGCUCCUCCUACAUUUGCAAUGCGCGCAUCAGCCGCGAACAGGUCACGCUUCUGAAAGAGUUACGCGCUUGGAGUGCGCACUGCAGAAAUCGAUGCCACGUGCCGAGAGCUCAGUCCUCACACAUGCGGCGCAGGAAAGUUUGA